AUGAUUUUCCCAAAUAAGAUUAGAACUAUUGAAGAUUUAAAAGAAAGAUACUACUCAGUGUGUAAAAAGAUUUUACAAAUAAAACCAUCACAACCCGGUAAUAAUCAACAAGACAAAGGUGCAAUUAUUGCAUUGAAUACUUAUGAUAAAAGUAAAGGAAGAAAAAAGAAAAAAAAAUUUACGUCAUUUCAAAAAAGAAAGAAAUCAUUUCAUAAUGGUCCAUUAACACCUAUUGUUGAAUUUAAUGGAUCAUCAAGAGCUUUCAAUCUAUCUGCUAGGGAUUUGCUUAAAAGACAACAACAAAACCAACAUUAUCGUACAUCAACUUCAACCACUACUGUAUCAGAGCCUCAUUCAAAAGUUGAAGCCAUAAUACCUAUACAUACACGGUGUGAAAAAUUCCCAAUAAGAGCAUCAGUUAGAAGGUAUCUUCCCACUGUACCAACUGAAAGUGUUUGUGGUAAAUGGACAGAAUUACAAAAGGCUAUUCAAAACUUGUUAGAUUUAAAAAAAAAUCUUGAAAAACAAGAAAAUGAAUUGAAGACAAAACAAGUAACCUUGCAAAAAGCAAAAUCGAGUAUCAUCGAUAGCUCUAACGUCAACAAUUCAUUGACAAAUGGAUCCAAGUCACCUCGAAGGUAUCUUCCCACUGUACCAACUGAAAGUGUUUGUGGUAAAUGGACAGAAUUACAAAAGGCUAUUCAAAACUUGUUAGAUUUAAAAAAAAAUCUUGAAAAACAAGAAAAUGAAUUGAAGACAAAACAAGUAACCUUGCAAAAAGCAAAAUCGAGUAUCAUCGAUAGCUCUAACGUCAACAAUUCAUUGACAAAUGGAUCCAAGUCACCUCGAAGUAACAAGAAAUUAAGAAAUUAA